AUGAGGAUGACGCUAACCCAGCUGACGCUCUGCGUCUUUUCCUUGAUAUGGCUAACCACGGGGAUGCCAGUGAACCCCAUGACACCCAUCGUGGCAAACAGCGAAGAGGUGGUUCGAUUUCUCUGGGACGAGGUGCAGCAUGGUAGGAUUUAUAAGACGCUUCCACCGCCCUACACAAUGUACCAAGGCGACUGGAAUACAUUUUUGUACUCUAGAGGCCAGGACGUAGUCUACAACUUUUUCGGUCCGCGCAAAAACUACAAUCGCGGUGAUUUGAUGCAUCAGGCGCGGAGAGAGUUCAUCGGGCUGGUGAAAGGCGAAGACCAAUUCUCGGCAAUCCUUUUUGAGGAUGGACCUAACCCGCGCAAGAGGGUCAGCGAACGCCUUGUUCAGGAAUUUGCGGAACGACAACAACGUCUCCGAGCCUCUUUAGCCGCACGCCGGCAGGAAUGGGGUCGAGACCUCAGCCUGGGUAUAGAAAGCAAGCGUCCACGCUCGUGA